AUGGGCGAGCCCCAGGAGGGACCUGGGGGGCUGCGGGGCUUCUCCCUCGACAAGGAAUUCCUGCGCUCCCCCAAGGGGGUGGUGAUGGAGGCAGAGCUGGUAACGGAAGACCCCCACCCACCGCACCCUCCUUCUCCUCCUUCCCUGCUCCCCCCUGUUUCUAACCCCCCCCCCCUCUUUUCACCCAACACUUUCUCUCCAUCCUCUAAGUCGGUGGUGCCAUGAACUAAUAUUUUUUAAACUCCGGAGUCUGGAUUUAAAAUGGUCUUUUGGGGAAGCCCCUCUCUGAACUGCUCAGGGGUCAUGUUUCACUUAGCUAAUUCAGAAGUGGGUCUGCCAAUCCUGCUGGGGGGUUUUAUUUGUGGGGGGUGGGGUAUGGUCCGGCUCGUUCUUUUGCGUGGGGCCCUAUCCUGGUGGCCCCUCUCUCCUUGCUUUCCUUUCCUUCUGCCUUUCUUCAUUCAUUUGAUUCAUCCCUUCCUUUUAAGGACUUUGCCUUUUUUCUUCUUCCCCGCUUUCCCCAAUCAUUCCUCUUUCUUUGCAUAAAACUAAAGAAUUGGAGAGUUAGAAGUCUCGUCUAGUGCAACCCCUUGCAGUGCAGAAACCUCUGCUUUUCUUAAUUCCUCCUUCGCAGACCUCUCCCCCCUUCCUUUUUCCUCUGUUUGUCUUUCAGUCCUUCCAUCUGGCUGGCUUAAUUUUCAUUCCCUCUCUGCUAAUUCCUGUGAAUCCCGUGAAUGCCUCUCUCUGCCUUUUUUGGCUCCCCUCCAUUCUUUGGGAGGGGGUUCUCCUCUUUGAUGGAGGCUUGGGUGGGUGGGGGUCCACUUCUUUAUCCAAAAUGUAUAGCCCAGAGCUGGGGUAAGGAAGACAGUGGGUUUAAGGCAGGGACUGUGGGGGGAAAGGGCUUAUGGGAGAUUUUAUUCCAAAAGUCUGUGCAGUGGGGUAGAUGGAGAAAUGAGAGGAGAAUAAGUUUUUGCUUUGAACAAAACCACUAAUUUUCCACUGGCCCUGAGCACAGGUUGGUUAUCUUUGUGUAUACACCAUAUACACAUGAUUAUCAUUAUUAUAUAUAUUGAUCUAUAGAAUCCAAAAAACGAAAGCACAGGUCUGUGCGAGUGUCUGGAUCCCAUACAUUCAAAGUUUCUUUUUUUUUAAUCCUCUUUAAAAAAAUCAAAUUGCUUUGAUUUUGAUCAUGGUCCCCUUUCUAAUUAUGGACCACACUCCCAUUCCUUCUUGAUAUAUUUUAUUAUCAGCUCAGUAAAUCACAUAGCUAGUUCCAAUACUUCUUAUUGACAAUUACGACAACUUUUCUUUUUUUAAAAAACCACACAUUUUUUCUUUCGUUUCUUUUCUCUAAAACUCGUUUGCUCUUACAGGUAUUAAAUUUCAAUUCAAAUAUUUGGGGGGGGGGUGGAAACCAAAUAUUUUUGGGGGCACUUGUGGGUGAGGGGAGAGCAGCCAAAAUGCAGAAUCAUAGAAUUGGCAGAGUUGGAAGGGACCCCAGGGGCCAUCUAGCCUAACCCCCUUGCAGUAGAAGGAUCACAGCUAAAACAUCCCUGACAGAGAGCCACUCAGCCUCUGCUUAAAAACCUUCAAUGGAGUGGAGACCAUGGCAGUGGGGUCCGCUUUUGAGUUCUCCAGAAAUCUUCAUGGGGGAGAUGUCACUCAAAGCAGGGGGGAGCGUUUCACUUGAAAGGUAUUUUAGAAGGAUGGAAGUGGUGGGACCAGUUUCUGCUGGUUUUUUUUUACCCAAAGGAAAAGUUCCAAAUCUGCAACCCUGAGCGCAGAGCUAAGAGGAGAGAUCGUAAAUCCAGAGCAAAGGUGUGGAAUUUGUGUGUGUGUGAAGAUGAAAUCAGGCUACGAAUUAUGCCAUCUGGGAUCGUGAAUUGCUGGGAAGGAGUGUGUGUGUGUGUGUGUGUGUGUGUGUGUGUGUGAAGAGUCCAUCUCAAAAGAGUAGGAUUAUAUUUUAUAUAUAUGAAAGUGAGCCCCCCUUGGGAAUGCACGUCACACUUCUCCUUUUGCCUCCCGCUUGCCCCCUUCCUCCAGGGCCUCUGCUUCCUGGUCUUCCUGCUGCUCACAGCUUCCAUUUCCGCCUACAUGGGUGCAGCCCUCCUGGAAGUGCUGGUGACACUGGCAUUCUUGGGACUGCGGGCGACGCACUACUACGAGCGCCUGACUCGCGUCAACUGGCCCUGCCUGGUGGGUAGCCAUGCUUUCCCCAUAAUCUCCUUUGCAGCACUUAGUCAUGCUCCCCGCGGCCAAUCUCUUGCCGAAAGAGGCACUGGAGUCGACUGAGCAACACCGAAGCAUAUUGACAUGCCUUCCCCUGUGCCAGAUUUCCUUCUCGUGCUGCGGCAGGACUGUAGCUUUGUCUGCCUUCCUGGAUUGGAUUUUGCCAUUUGCACGCUUUCUGAUACAGUGGUACCUCAGGUUAAGUACUUAAUUCAUUCCGGAGGUCCGUUCUUAACCUGAAACUGUUCUUAACCUGAAGCACCACUUUAGCUAAUGGGGCCUGCUGCGCCGCCGCUGCACGAUUUCUGUUCUCAUCCUGAAGCAAAGUUCUUAACCCAAGGUACUAUUUCUGGGUUAGCAGAGUCUGUAACCUGAAGUGUCUGUAACCUGAGGUACCACUGUACUGGUUUCAACUGGUCUUCUCGCCUGCCGCUCAGGCCUUGAUGACCCUCCUCUCUCCUCCCACCACAGGAUUUCCUUCGCUGCAUCAGCGCCGCAAUAGUCUUCACGGUAGUGGCCUUUGCCGUCAUUGCUGCCAGCCACGAGGGAUCUGCCGUGUCUGCUUUUGUGAGUUAUCAACCCUCUCCCUAAAAACUCCCCUUUCUGGCCACGCCCCUUAUCGGAGCCCCUCCCCAAGGGGCGUGGCAUAUAGACAGCCAACCCACUGCAAGGCAGGACUGUGUGGGUUCUGUCAGAGACCUGGCUCGACCUAAGAUAUCCUUCCAAAUGUGGGGUGCUUGAGGGGUACGACCCCCCAAAAAAUUCCACCUUCCCCCAAUCUGUUAUCGUUCCCUCCCCUCCUGCCUCCUGCCAUUCACUCACAAUUCUUGGUCCCUUCGCAGGUCUUCAGCCUGAUUCUCAUUGCUGUCUUCUGUUUCGAUGCCUACAAAACAUACAGGGCAGAAAUGGGGGCAGACCAGGGUGAGUGGCGCCGGGGAGAGGGGGCUGCCAAGGGUGGGUGCAAUGGUGGCAUGGAUGAAGUCUGGGGCAGAAAAACGGGGGCCUCCCUGGAGCGGUGAACUGAACGAUCGGCAUUUUAUACCGAAUUUAAGAGGGCAGGUCCCUGCCCCACUGAGCCUACAGUCUGUUGGAUUUUUAAUGUUUUUGUACAAAGUUUUUUCUCCUUUAUAAAUCACGUUAAUUUUUACUUAUUAUAAUGUAUCACAUCUACUAGUUGUGGUUCAUUUUUUUGAAUUGAAGGCUUGUGAAAUAAGGAGCCUACAGUCUAAAGUUUGACACAGGGGAAACAGGGGAAAGGGAGGGAAGUGGAGCAGGUGGAUCAACCGAGAGGCAGCGUGUCAGGGGUUGCCAACAGUGUGCUCGUGGGCGCAGCGGUGCUCUUGAGUUCUUCCCCUGGUGCCCAUGACACCCCUGAGCCCUUCCUCGCUGCCCCCUUGCUCAUGGUGGUGGUGGUUACCUAGGAUUACAUAGAGUUGAAGGAGGAAGCUGGAAGAGUGACGCUCUGUCCCAUUUCCUCUUUCAGCUCUAUGUGCUUUUAAGGCUCAGGUCAGUCCUGCCUGAUGCAACAUUUAACGUAUAUUUCGCUCUAUAAGACGCACCAGACCACAAGACGCACCUAGUUUUUGGAGGAGGAAAUCAAGAAGAAAAAUAUUCUGAAUCUCAGAAGCCAGAACAGCAAGAGGGAUCGCUGCGUAGUGAAAGCAGCAAUCCCUCUUGCUGUUCUGGCUUCUGUGAUAGCUGCGCAGCCUGCAUUCGCCCCAUAAGACGCACACACAUUUCCCCUUACUUUUUAGGAGGGAAAAAGUGAGUCUUUUGGAGCAAAAAAUACGGUAGCUAGAUCAUUUGGAAAAGCAGAGUGUGCAUGCCUGCAUUCAUUCUCUCUCUCUUUCUUUCUCUCUCUCACUCAGCACCUGCAAUGCAACAAUUUUUUUAAACUUCCACCAUGUUGCCUCCUGCUCUCCUUUUCUCAGAACUUAAAAAGCCCCCAGAUGCUUCACCCUUCCUUCACCGGGUUUACUCUGAGUAGGGCUAGCAGCAUUGAGCUUUGGCCAAGAGAGGGACAGAGAGGAAAGGCAGACCCACAGAUGACAAUGUACAACUUGCUGUCCUCAUGGCAGGGUUGACUCUCCUCUGACCCAGAGAGGCAACUGACCUUGUUAACGCUCUUUCUCUCUUGUAGACCCAGAUCUGGGCUGA